AUGCUCUACUCGGAGGACAUCACUUGGGCCACCAAGGGCGUGGGGGAACCGUCCCAAAGCGGUGCCCAGGGGGGGCGAGGGGAGGCGCAGAAGGAGCCGGAGCAAUGUCCCAUCAUCGACAGCCAGGGCUUGGGGCUGGGGACCGAGGGGGACCUGCAGGCCAGCCUGCAUCUGGAGGAGCACUCGCUGGAGCAGGUGCAGAGCAUGGUGGUGGGCGAAGUGCUGAAGGACAUCGAGACGGCCUGCAAGCUCCUCAACAUCGCCGCAGACCCUGCGGACUGGAGCCCCGGCAACGUGCAGAAGUGGAUCCUGUGGACGGAGCACCAGUACCGGCUGCCGCAGAUCGGGAAGUCCUUCCAGGAGCUGUCGGGAAAGGACUUGUGUGCCAUGUCCGAGGAGCAGUUCUGCCAGCGCUCACCUGCCUGCGGUGACAUCCUGCACGCCCAUCUUGACAUCUGGAAGUCCGCCGCCUGGAUGAAGGAAAAAGCUGCCCCGGGAGAUGUCAGAUACUGCGGAGGUGAUGCCAGCUGGGCAGACAGCGAGGUGGACUCAUCCUGCGCCGGCCAACCCAUCCACCUCUGGCAGUUCCUCAAAGAGCUGUUGCUGAAACCCACAACUAUACUAAUCCUAAAACCCCAACUAAUCUCAGGAACCCUCUCAUGCAUCUUCAAGAUUGAGGACUCGGCACAAGUGGCGCGUCUGUGGGGCAUCCGGAAGAACCGCCCGGCCAUGAACUACGACAAGCUGAGCCGCUCCAUCCGGCAGUAUUACAAGAAAGGCAUCAUCCGGAAACCCGACAUCUCCCAGCGCCUCGUCUACCAGUUUGUCCACCCGGUCUGA